AUGCUUCUUCUGGUGGCUCUUCUACUGGGUGCUGCCUAUCUAUUUCAUUUAUACUCCAAGCGGCAGCGAAGACAAAAAGAACUGCACUCCGUAGUUGAAAAGCGAGACUGCGAGCGAUCCGAGUCAUUUGCUAAAGCAGAAACUUCGUGUGCUAAGCUAAAUCCGGCAAAAAGAGACAGAAUUGCUGCCUGGGAUUUCAAGGAGCUUAGAGAAAAUCUUCUGAAGGGAAAUGUAACAUGCUUGGAAGUGUUGCGUACGUACCAGUACAAGGCCCUCCUAGCGCACGCAAAAACAACAUGUGUCACCGCUCUUCAAUUAAGGUAUAGACUUGAAGCAGAACGUUGGGCUGCUGAAUGGGAUGAGAAGGCUACUGCUUCAAAUUUCGUUAAACCGCCAUUUUUCGGCAUUCCAAUAAGUCUGAAGGAGUGUAUUCCUGUACGACGCAACUCGCGGCUACGUACAGGACGUAGGGAAGCCAUCGAAAAUCCGAUCCGGUGCUCAUUCAACAAAUUAAGCAGCUGGACCAAUGUCCCGCAGUCGUUACUAUCCUAUGAGCCUGCAGCAUCCUAUCUGACGGUAGAACGAAUCACCACUGGACAAACUGCGAAUCAUCCGGGUGGCAUUCCUCAGCGCGUGAAGUGCGUUCUGCCGCCAGACGUCUCUUUAUCGAAUUGGAGGCGGACGAUGCCAUCUCAUCUUCGGUUUUCACACCGUGGCAAUCCGGGAGCAGUACCAGGUCGCCCGCUGAUCAAUGCCAAUGAAGGACCUAUGGCGAAGGAUAUUCGGACAUCGGUGGAAUUUCUUAGAGAG